AUGCUCAUCAUCGGACUGACAGGCUCAAUAGCCACGGGCAAAUCAACCGUCUCAACCAUCCUCUCAACGGCCCCCUACUCCCUCCCAAUAAUCGACGCAGACGUACUAGCCCGCAAGGUCGUCGAACCGGGUACGGCAGGCUACAAAGCAAUCGUCAACUACUUCGGCCCGAGCACCCCAGACCUUCUCCUAGAAGAUGGCACGAACCCAUCAGGGAAACCACUCAACCGACCAGCGCUAGGUCGACGCGUCUUCGGUAGCACAGAAGAGCGCAAACGCGACCGCGGCGUCCUAAACGGAAUCGUCCACCCCGCCGUCCGGUGGGAAGUCUACAAAGCCCUGAUCUACCAUUAUCUACGCGGCCAAUGGGCCGUUGUACUCGAUGUCCCGCUCCUUUUCGAAAGCGGCAUGGAUUUAAUCUGCGGCACGGUUAUCGUGGUUGGUGUGCACAAUCCCGAGAUUCAGAUGGCCCGUCUCCGAGCCCGAGAUGCACAUCUUACCGCUGAAGAUGCGGAGAAUAGGGUGCGCAGUCAGGGCGAUGUGCGCAUGAAGGCUAUGCAGGCUGAAUUCCGGGGGACGACGACGGCGCGCGGAGUGGUUGUUUGGAAUGAUGCUGAUCGAGAGGAGUUAGAGAAGGCGGUUAAGGGUGCUAUGGCUAGUAUUACGGCCUCUAGUCCACGAUGGUGGGCUUGGGCGUUGCUUGUUGCGCCGCCUGUUGGGGUUGGGGUUGCUGCGUGGAAUUUGGUGGUGAAUUUUGCGACGAAGAAGGGGUGGGAGAAGAAGAAGAAUGAGGAGAAGGCGAGGCUGUAG